CCAUAGCCAUGUCAGAGCCAUAUACUACCUCUGAUGAUGAACCUGAGGACAGCCUAGCUGGUAACCCUGGUAACGCUGGUAACGCUGGUAACGCUGGUAACACCAACAACUCCCCACCUGAACUAGUAUACACAAAGGAAGGAUUUGAAGAUUUCCUCCAACAAUCUGAGUUAUCCGGAAUAUCACGUGACCGCCAGGACGAACUGAUCUCCCUGUUCCUAGCUCAGGACAUCCCUCUGGAGACCAUUAUCCUAGACACUAUACAGAGAACAAUAGAGCUGCUGAGGAGGAACAAGCUGAGAGUGGUGGUGUUGGUGGUGGUGUUGGGCUUGUUGGGGUUCGUGGUGGUGAACGAGUUCAGGGCCAGGAGGGGGUACCAGGAUUAUCAGCCCUGGCAGUUUGAGAUGUCUGCCCUGCUGAGACACUGGCAGCUUAGUUGUCUUGGUUGGUUUGAUUGGAAUGUGUUAUUCAAUCGAGAGUGUUACCUUGACAACCCUUACUACUUCUUCACUCACCCUAAUGAUGCUCCAGAGAUUGAUUGUGAGAACGCUGCCAGAGAACUUACAUUUUCUUAUGCUUCCUCUUACACUGGUAUAUUUAACAGUAAGAAGUUCCCUUUGCCUCUCGUUCUCAAUGAAGCACAAGAGGGUUGGAGUAUCAGGGCUAACUUCACACUGGACGACCUUCACAAGAUAUUAUCAGUUAACCCGGAUAAGAACUACCCGUGUGUGAACUACAUGGGUGAUGCUCAGGCCGGACCUGACUGUUCGCGUGACCCCCUCAGGGCUCUUAUAGAUGGGCAACUUGCCAAGGAAGAUGGAACCCCCCUUCAUCUCAUCUUUAUGGACGGGUGCACAAGACCAAGUAACAAGAUUCUGAGAGGUCUGACCAAGCGACCCAUCUUCCUAGAUCCCCACAUUGAAUCACUGCAAAGUGUAAAAGCCAUUACCGCCAAGGGUAUACCGAAGGGUACUUCAGCCAAAGUAACUGUAAGACUGUACGAUCAGGACGGACAGCGUGACCAAGAGUACGGUUUCACGUGGUUAGCACAAGUGAUAGGCACUUCCACCAUCACUGUCAGGGACCUGGACUGUCCUCAGAAUAAACCUAAUAUCUACACCAUGCAACCUGGUGAUAUCGUAUCUAUUGGACCCGAAGAUUCUCUUGAGUUGGCGAUACCAGGGCCAGAAGAGUCCUUCCUUCUCUACACUAACUUCAAAGUCAAACCGUAACUUUGUGUACAAGUUUGGUGUUCUCUUAAUUAGUUAGAAAAGUUUACCAUUAGUUUGAUAAUUUUAAUUUAAACUCAAUUCGUGUAAUUUUCGGUUCUAUCAUAAAUUAUUUGCAUUUGACCACAGUUUUUCGUUUGGUUUUGGGGCACCUGAACUACCUUCAUAUUAACAUAUUGAGACUACGUCCGCCCAAGUUAUUGCUGCAGUACCUAUCAAACAUUUGUAAAAUAUGUAUUUUGAAAAUUUUAAUUUUUAGUAUGUUCAGUAAUUUUAAUUCAAUUUUAUUUUCUUAUUUCCCAACGAAGAUGAAUUUUAUUGACUACUCAC